UGGUAUACACAGAAGGUUUACAUGGAAGAUGGCAUUUCAACGACAUCAGAGCAGUGUUCUCAAGGAGAUACCUAUUACAGAAUACAGCAGUAGAGAUCUUCUUAGCUAACAGAACUUCUGUGAUGUUUAAUCUACCUAACAAGAGUACAGUUAAGAAGGUUGUCCAUGCACUACCCAGGGUUGGAGUAGGUCUCAAGUAUGGCAUCCCUGCAUCAAGACAUGUUUCCUUGGCUACCCCUCGUCAGCUCUUCAAAGCAUCCAACAUGACAGCAGCCUGGCAGAGAAGAGAGAUCUCAAACUUUGAAUAUCUCAUGUACCUUAACACCAUAGCAGGACGUACAUACAACGACCUCAACCAGUAUCCUAUAUUUCCAUGGGUGCUGACGAACUACGAGUCUCCAGAAUUAGACCUGACUCUACCAAGCAAUUACAGAGAUCUUUCAAAGCCGAUGGGGGCGCUGAAUCCAAGUCGUAAAGCUUUCUUCCAGGAGAGGUAUGAGAAUUGGGAAGAUGACAAGAUACCAGCAUUCCACUACGGCACACACUACUCGACUCUGGGCUUCACACUCAUGUGGCUUAUGAGACUGGAGCCUUACACCACAUACUUCCUGAAUCUUCAAGGAGGUAAAUUUGACCAUGCAUCAAGAACAUUCUCGUCUAUCGCCUCGUCAUGGAAGAACUGCCAAAGGGACACAUCAGAUGUCAAGGAAUUGAUUCCAGAGUUCUUCUAUCUACCUGAGAUGUUUAUGAAUAACAAUGGUUACCAGCUAGGCACUCUGGAUGAAGGGACAGUUGUUGAUGAUGUUGUGCUACCACCCUGGGCCAAGUCGCCGGAAGACUUCAUCAGGAUAAACAGGCUGGCCCUAGAAUCAGAGUUUGUAUCCUGCCAGCUCCAUCAAUGGAUAGACCUUAUCUUUGGCUACAAGCAGAGAGGACUCGAUGCUGUACGCUCUACCAAUGUCUUCUACUAUCUCACCUAUGAGGGCAGCAUUGAUCUAGAGACCAUUGAUGAUCCCGUCAUGAGAGAGGCUAUAGAGAAUCAGAUUAGAAGCUUUGGUCAAACCCCAGCCCAACUUCUCACUGAGCCACACCCUCCUAGAAGUUCAGCUAUGCAUUUGUCCCCUAUGAUGUACACAGACCAGCUACAGCAAGAAGUACUCAUGAUCAUCAAGUUCCUCUCAAACUCACCCGUCAUCCAUGUAGCUGCUAACACCAGUCCUAUGGUACCUACUCCGGCCAUUAUUACAGUAGCUUGUAACCAAACCUACGCAAUGAACAAGUGGAACAACCAAACAGCAGGUGUUCCUGGUACUCCUGGGUACUCAAUGGAUGCUGGCAAGAACCUUCUUAUUGAGCUGGACCCACUCGUCUUAUCACAGACUGGAAUGCACAGGAGGCAGAUUGUAGAGGCGAUGGAUUCAAACAUCAAGUCUAAAUCAUCCUGCUACAUUGCCACAGCAGACAACAGAUAUGUCAUGUCAUGUGGUUUCUGGGAUAAGAGCUUUAGGAUCUUCCUCACAGAUACAUGCAAGGUCACCCAGGUGGUAUAUGGUCAUUGGGACAUGGUGACGUGUCUAGGAAGGUCCGAGUGUCCUGUUGGUGGGGAUUGCUACAUCGUAUCAGGUUCAAGGGACGCUACCCUUCUGGUUUGGCAUUGGAGUGCCAAGCAGCAAUGGGUACUAGGAGAUAAUCAUGUACACGGUGAGAUGGCUACUCCUCGAGCCAUUUUGACUGGUCAUGACACAGAAAUCAUCUCAGUAGCGGUUUGUACAGAGCUAGGUCUGGUGGUCAGCGGAUCAAAAGGUGGAGCAUGCUUGGUUCACACAGUAUCCGGUGAUCUCCUUCAAUCCCUGGAGCCCCCUGCUCCAUGCAAGGUACCUCGUCUCUGCUCCAUAGCUGCGGAGCAAGGGGUCAUCAUGGUGACCUUUGAUAAGGGUAACAUCUGUUCCUUCACCCUCAAUGGUCAUUUCCUCAACCACACUGAUGUCGAAGCUAACCUUCAUGCUGUGAGGAUGAAACCAGAAGGAGAUUAUUUCAUCACUGGUGGUGACAACCGCGUAGUCCAGGUUUGGAGGACACAUGAUCAUAAACUCAUGCAUACAUUCCCGCUGUGUGAUGCAUCUAUUCUCGCUUUAGACCUAGCUCAUGAACAGAGAACAAUCAUCGCUGGCAUGGCAACAGGAAGCAUUGUGGCCUUUCAUGUCAAUUUCCAAAAGUGGCAUCAUGAAUACAGGGAGGCAUACUGAUAAGUAGCUGUAGUUGUUCUUCCUUCUUCUCUCCCAACCUGCUACGGCUAAUAUCCCACUGUAGAAACGAGUAUCCAUCACUGAGAUAAACCCGAGUACUGUACUGUGGGUAGCCCAUUCCUGCACAAGAGUAUUAACCCCUUGGAGACCCAGCCCACGUAUAUGUUGGCUAGGUCUAUGUAAAAUAUGUGGUAUAGCAUUAUCAGGCAGUUUCCAUUGGGUUAAACCCAGAUUGGCUUUGGGGACCUGGUCGUCUGUGUGUUUAAGGUCAUUGGAAUGACAGCAUUUAGAAGUCAAGUGGAUACUGUUGAAUGAAUGCAGUUAUUGAUGAAAAACUUCCUUUUGGCAAGUUCGAUUCGAUUCGAUUCAUUUAUUUUCAAUUCUCAACAUUGAAAAAUACAUUGAAAAUUCAAGUUCUCUUUGUCAUGUAGAAAUAUCUCUCUUUCAUAAAGAGGAGUCUCUGCGUUCAUCUGGCAAACAUGCUCAUGACUUAUCACAUUGUUAGAUUUCUGUAGCCUAUAACAGGAAAUGAUGUAUAACAAGCUUUCAUGAAACAAGAGUGUAACAGUAGAGUUAAUACAAGGAAAGAUACAUGGUCUAGAGGACUUAUUGGUGUACUGUGUCCCAUUUUAUAUGCACAAACACACUGAAUACUGUCAACAAUGAGGAACUGGAGUCCAGACAUUAUGUGUAUAUUGCAUUAAUGAAUGAAAGAUACCUUCAUGUGAUCACGCACACCAGUAGUUGUAGCAAAAAUAUACUUUUAUCCAGUGGUUAUCUUAAUUAAUUCUUCAUUUGGUGAUAAAAUGUGAGGGAAAAUAUAGGACAUUUUGUAUUGCUCAAAAUUGCCAAUACAAAGAUGAAAGAAAAUAUUUAAAGUGCAAAUUAGACUGGCAAAUUUAUCUAUGUCAAUAUUUUGUUCAGGUUUGUGGCACUUAAUGGAUUGUGCAAGAGACCAUGAUUAAUUUGUUAUUUGGAAAUAAUUUUGCAUUGUAGUAGAUGUAUACCACUGAUAGUAAAGGAAUAUCGUUCUUAUUUUAGAAGGUUAACAAGUUUAAAUAUCACAAAGAAUUUUCACUAAAGUUGAUCACAAUCUUAUCUAAUGGAAAGAGCUAAAAUGUGUUAUCCAAGGAUAAAGAAUUAUACACAUGAAACGCACUAACUCAACGCAUACUGAAGUCUUGAAGAAAUAUGAGAGAAGGUUUAAGGCUUAAAUAUACUUUAUAAAGAGAGGUGUUGUACAUUCCACUGGCUUGCAGAAUAUUUUCUUGGACAAAAUAUUUACAGUUUCCCAAACAAUCAGUGUCAUGUUGCAUAAAAUACUAGUCUGGUAACAUUGCCGUUCUAAGCAUAAUCACCAUGGGAAAUGAGCCAUCGAGAUCUUGGUUUCCAUGGUUGUUUCUUAAAUGACGAAGUUACCAAAUAAGGUUUUUGCUUUGGAACUCUAUUGUAUUAGCUGAGCAUUUGGCAUGCCAGUUACUUAAUCUUAAUCUGAAAUAAAGACAUAUCUGACAUGGGUGUUAAUAUCUUAUGUAGAAGGGGUUUUUAAUUUAAAAUGAAAGAUUUCCAUAUGAGGUAUUACCUGUCAAGAUAAUGAUAUCAAACAGUCCAUAAGUCAUUCUUAAGUCUAAGCAUUUUUAUUUCAUUCUCACUUUUUAUUUUCUAUUUCUUAGUUUUAGCAACUGUUCAUACCAAGAUACGUAUAUUUGUAGCUCUUGUAGAGUUAUGUUGAAGUGUGUAAUGACCCAAAAGCAUUCACUGGAAUAGACCAAAGUGUGUGUAUAAUUCCACAAUGAAAGAAAUUCUUAGUGCUCAAAGUGCACUAUUGAUAGACAUACAUUCUGUGGAUUCUGUCCGUUAUUGUCUACUGUAUAUGACAUAUGCAAGAAACUAGUGAAGUACAUGUAGUAUAUUUACUAUUCCUUUAUGAACAUAUCGAUGAACAUAUAUAUGCAAAGGAAACCAAUGUAUGGUUGCCUUGAAGAUCAAACUCACAUUGAAUCUUGUACAUUCGUUCGUUGAUGCUAUGAUCUGAUGUGUGUAAAUUGUACAAUUACGACAUUGUUGAUAUUAUACAUACAGUGUACAAUUUUGUAUAGAUACUGUAUACAAUUAUCAGAUUCUUUGUUUUUUGUUGUUAUUUUAUCAAAAGGAUAAUACAACUGUGUUGUAUAAAUGAGAAUUGUGACAUGCAUAAAUAGCUGAAUUACUAUUAAGACAGAGACAUGAAGAAGAUGCACGAGUAUGGCAGAACUUCUGAUUAUGAAUGUAUUCCGCCGUUCAUUAAAUGAAUAAAUCUUGUAUAUUCCUACCAAUGUUAAACAGCCUACUACUCUUUAGAAGUGCCCUUGUUUAGAUGGUGUAGAAUGUUUGGUUAAAUUGUAUGUCCAAUGCCAUAGUUGCAAUAGAAUUGCAUAUAGAUGUUUAGAUAUUCUUUUCCGAGUCUCACUGUCCUGUCUAGUAAAUUGUACAUAUACAUGUUAAUCUCAUAGGCUUUAUGUCUUCUUAAUAGCACAGAUCCUUUCUGACUGUGGUUAAAUCUUUUCUUUUAAAUCCUUCUUGAAAUUUAACUAUGGAUACUCUAGAAACUAAAGGCUUGUAAAGGAUGUUUUGGAAUAUGUAUGGUAUCAUUUCUUUUUCAAGAAAAUCUGAAUUCACUUUUUCAAAUAGAUAAAUUCAACAAUUUGACAGAAUAAUCGCCAAAGCAAAAUACUGAGAAUUUUGCAGGUGUAGUUGGACCUUUGCUUUUACAGGCAAACUGAAUUAAAUCAUAGGUAAUACAAGGUUGAGGUUUUGAAAGGGAGAGAUGUUAUGUUUAGCUCCAUUAACAGAUUAUCAACUCUUUGUGACAAACACCUGGCCCAUCUCUUAGAUUGAAUUAUUAUCAAUAAACUUUGGAUAGCCUUGUGAGAUGAAGGGAUUUGAUAAGUAUAGCAGAACUGGGCUCGGUAACAUAGAAGAUAGCAUCAAUUAUACGAUUGAUUGUAAUUGUAGGUCUGAGGCAAACCAUGUACAGACAAAUACAAUUGAUUGUAAAUAUCAAUUGCAUCUCCUUAAGAAACAGGGUCCUUUCCUCCUGUGUUUUCAUACUCUCAUUAAGUAAAAUAAAGCACUGAAAUUUACAUGAUGGCACAAUUAAUUUUUUAUGUUAAACCACAUUUCAAACCACAAAUACCAGAUAGUUCCAACAAUAAUAGUGACAGUAUUCAAUCCUAGAUAUCUUAGCAACAAUGUCACAUAUCAAAUGUUUAUAUUAUUGGCUGCUUAUUUAUUACUCUGAACAUCAUUACUUGACACAGACAAUCAAAAUUUAGAAAUGAAAGGACAAUAAAAUCAAGCUUUCCAGAGCUUGCCAAUCCCAACUAAUAGUGCAAUCUAUGGUUUAUACUAACAUAAGGUGGAAGCUUCAACUUGUUUUUAUUUCACUCAUAGAUUUCAUUGUCAAACAAACACUAGGGCCCAGUUACACAAAGAUCUAUGAUCAAUGGCAACUUUCAAACAGCAAUUCUAAGUGGUUGAUAGUGUGUACAUUUAUGCGUAUGCAACCAUAUCUUGAUUGGUCAUUACUAUCAUGUAAUUGAUGACAAACCUUUGUGAUACAGGGCUCAUAUUCUGGUUAUUUGUAGUAUGCCUUGCAGCAUUGGUCAUUGAUGUUCUCCUGCAAUACUUUGCUUGUUAAGUACCAGGUGAUCAGGGGCCUGUUGCAGAAAGAGUUGCAAUCAAUCGCAAGUCAAAAAAUCAUGUGCAACUUGAUUUUCAACAAAUCAACAGCGCGCAUUUGGGACUUGCGAUUGAUUUUUUGACUUGCGUUUAAACGCAACUCUUUCUGCAACGGACCCCUGGUAAAUCAUGCAAGAAUUAAAUUGAUUUUUGGUCAAAGAGUUAAAGUAAUCGUUAAAUUUGAAUAACUUGAACAUUGUUUUCAAAUCAGUAACAUGUUACCUGUACAUUCCACUUUUCAAAAUAGAAAAACAUAAGCCAUUGUUAUUUUCCAACCCAUUUUCUCAGAAAGGAAAUUUAUUGGCACAAAUUGGCACAUUUUUUGUUCAAAGCUGUUGAUUUUGCAGUCAUUGUUAUUACUAAAACAGAUUACAAAUCAGAUAUGUCUAUGUUUGUAAUUAUUUGAUGCACAUCUCACUCCACUCUUUUAAAUCUUAUAAACAAUGAAUUUCUCUAGAAUGACAUAAUCCAUCAGAUAUGAACAAAAUUAUUUUUUCUAAAACUUAUGCCAUACAGUUCUCAGCCAUAAUUUCUUUCCAAGAACUAAAAGAUUCAAGAUGAAAAUUCUUGCAGCUUAUGUUAUUGCUUUAGUUGGGUUUUUUUUUAGAUCUAUAUAUUAGCAAAGCUCUUUGUAGUUGUUUUAAAGUUCAUGAUGAGGAAGUAAGCCCCAUGUAUUCACUUUAUUUAGUUGUCCAUUAUGAACUGUUAUUUUAGAUGUAUAAGUGAGGUGCUGUAUUUUAGACCCGUGAUGAAUCAUUAAUUUGGUCUCAUAUUUGUGUUCUGUUUUGAUUUAUUGCUAUUUUUGUUUCUUGUUGCAAAUUUUUUAUGAUUGGUUAUUACAGUGCGAGUAUUUUUCAUUGAGUAUUGGUUUUAAUUUUGGUAGUAAACUGGCUUUGGUCAAUUCUUUUAAGAUUUGAAUUUAUGAUAUAUUAGAAGGCAUGUUUACCUAUUGGAUGGUCUUAUAACCUAAUGACCAGUGUCUGAAGCACUAUCAUGCAUUAAGUCCAACAGAUAGGUACAUCAGAAAGGACCUAAAGCCAUAAAUUGCACACUUACAGGCUUAUAUUUUCCCAAAAAACGACCAACUUCUCUGAUUUGUAACAUGAAUUUUUUAAUAUUCUGUAUGGAUUUAUUGAUGAUGUUGCAUGAAAUGAUUUAUUCGCAAUAUUCUUUUUAUAGCGUUACAUCAUAAUGAAAACAUUGUUGUUGCUCUUCUAUACCCCUUUACACCUGGGUGUUUGAAAGAGCAAAAACAUUGGGAAUGUACUUGUUCAAACAAUCACUGUUGAAAGUUCCAAAAGUCAGGAUUUGGCCCAGCCCUUGGUUUAAACACUGUUUGAAAUAAUAUAUCUAUCUCCAAAAAGGGUAAAAGAAUAUUUGAAAAUUUGUGAAUAUAAAACCUAGAUGACCUUCUCACCAUUUUGUGUUUGAUUGGAUCAGUGCCCUGUAACAUAAAACAAUGCAAUUAAUGUUAUGGUCGGGUGGGUGUUUCAUAAAGCUGUUCGUAAGUUAAGAACAACUUUAAAAACGACUGGUGAACCUUUCUAAAGCGCUAAAUAAUCACCAGUAAACACUUACUGGUGAAUAUCAUUAACCAGAAGAAAGGAUCACCAGUCGUUCUUAAAGUCACUCUUAACAUACGACUAGCUUUAUGAAACGGCCCCGGGGUGUAAUUCAUCAAUACAGGGUUUGUGAAGAACCUGUUAUUAAUAUCAAUCAUGAAAAUAAUUGUAUCUUCUUUUUUUAUUAAUGUUACAGGGCACGAACUGUUAUAUUAUGUAUAAAGACAAAACUUUUUCAAUUAUUUUCUCUUUGUAUUCAUUUGAAAUUCCAAGUCAUAUUUUGAAUCUAAAAAUACAACCGUAUAUUAUGUACAUGCGUAGUGAUGGAAGAAUUACAGAAGAAAAUAUAGAUAGAUUUUGAAUUACAUUUUAUCAUAUUCAAGAUAACUAUGAAAUGGUACAAUUUGCAAUAAUUUUCUGUAUGUCUCAUGAGUACUGAGUAUGUUUGUUGUAUUGUUAAUCAUUUCUUUCAUUUGUUUUUCUUUUCUGCUUCGUAUAUUUUUGGAUUGUAGUUUUUAGCAGAUGUGUAGUUUGUGUUACUGUGAAGUACUUGUAUAUUUUGGCUCUUUGUUCAUGAUGGGACUCCUAGGGUAUAAUAAAUGAAUCUUAUGAGAUUGUAAAAAAAAU